AUGGCCAGUCCUAGUGAGGCACAAAGUUCAUAUCUGGAUGUAUGGGAAGUGGAAGACCAUAUUUAUAAUGCAAGUGAAUUUGAGUCGGAGAAAGAAAAUGAAAAUCAACCUAUAAUUGAAGAUGAACUCCAUGAAUCAAAUGAAGCACAAGGAGAAGAAGAUAACAUUGAAAAAGCUACUGAAGUUAUUAAUCAAGAAGUUUUUCUUGCGCCACAUGUUGGUAUGCUUUUUGAUUCAAUGGAUGAAGCAUAUGACUAUUAUAAUCAAUAUGCAUACAAAAAAGGGUUUAGUGUGAAAAAAGGAGCAAUAAGAAAAUCAGAAAAAGAUGGUAAUGUCAUUGGGUGA